GCGCACUCAGCGAUCUCCGGCUUCACAGAGCACAGCUUCCCGCGCAGGCCUAGGGGCGGGGCCUCGGGGGCGGGGUCCAGGGGCAGGGCUAAAUGCAGAGGGAAGGUGGGCCUUUCACUCGCGCACCGCCGCUACUGUCGCCGUCGGCUGUUCUGACCUACGAAAGUCAUGUUACCCAACACCGGGAAGCUAGCAGGGUGUACAGUUUUUGUCACAGGUGCAAGCCGUGGCAUUGGCAAAGCUAUUGCAUUGAAAGCAGCAAAGGAUGGAGCAAAUAUUGUCAUUGCUGCGAAGACUGCCCAGGCACACCCAAAGCUUCCAGGCACAAUCUAUACUGCUGCUGAAGAAAUUGAAGCAGUUGGAGGAAAGGCCUUGCCUUGCAUUGUUGAUGUGAGAGAUGAACAGCAAAUCACUGAUGCAGUAGAGAAAGCAGUUGAGAAGUUUGGAGGAAUUGAUAUUUUGGUAAACAAUGCCAGUGCUAUUAGCUUGACCAACACAUUGGAAACACCUACAAAGAGAGUGGAUUUGAUGAUGAAUGUGAACACCAGAGGCACCUACCUUACAUCUAAAGCAUGUAUUCCUUAUUUGAAAAAGAGUAAAAUUGCACAUAUCCUCAAUCUCAGCCCACCACUGAAUUUAAAUCCGGUGUGGUUCAAACAGCACUGUGCAUAUACCAUUGCUAAGUAUGGAAUGUCUAUGUGUGUGCUUGGAAUGGCAGAAGAAUUUAAAGGCGAAAUUGCGGUCAAUGCAUUAUGGCCUAAAACAGCCAUACACACUGCUGCCAUGGAUAUGCUGGGAGGAUCUGGUGUUGAAAGCCAGUGUAGAAAAGUUGAUAUCAUUGCAGAUGCUGCAUAUUCCAUUUUCAAAAAGCCAAAAAGUUUUACUGGCAACUUUAUUAUUGAUGAAAAUAUUUUAAAAGAAGAAGGAAUAAAAAAUUUUGACAUCUAUGCUGUUAAACCAGGUCAUCCUUUGAUACCAGAUUUCUUCUUAGAUGAACAGCCAGAUAUAAUUACCAAGAAAGUAGAAGCACUUGAGACGAGGUCUCGCGAAGUUGCUGAGGCUGGUGUUGAACCCCUGGACUCAGGUGCCACUCUACAACUCAAAGAAGAGAGGCCUAAGCCACAGACAAAGCCAUGUUCCGGAGCUGUAGAAGAAACAUUUAGAAUUGUUAAGGACUCUCUCAGUGAUGAUGUCGUUAAAGCCACUCAAGCAAUCUAUCUGUUUGAACUCUCAGGUGAAGAUGGUGGCACGUGGUUUCUUGAUCUAAAAAGCAAGGGUGGGAAUGUCGGAUAUGGAGAACCUUCUGAUCAGGCGGAUGUGGUGAUGAGUAUGUCUACUGAUGAUUUUGUAAAAAUGUUUUCAGGGAAACUAAAACCAACAAUGGCAUUCAUGUCUGGAAAAUUGAAGAUUAAAGGAAACAUGGCCCUAGCAAUCAAAUUGGAGAAGCUAAUGAAUCAAAUGAAUGCCAGACUGUGAAGGAAAAGAAAAAAUAUAUGUUGACUGUUAGACUCAAAAAAAUAAAAGAGCUCAACAGUUAAAAUCUAAUACUUGUUUUUCUCCCAAUUGUAGUAGAAGGAUAUGCAUGUCUGUUCUGGAAAAAGUAGAAUUUCUGUAUCUAAAGGACUUUAAAUUGUAAUUAUAACAGCUAGCUAAUCAAACAUAGGCUUCAUUAAGUAGAAUU